AUGAACCUCGUAUUACUUGGACAAUUAGAAGAGCUUAAGAGUGAAGAAGGGAUGACCGGAAACGAGAGUUACCUUGACUACGAACCUGAUGACGAAACUGUGACCUCGCUGAUACACUUGGCUCAAAUACUCUAUUUUUACUACAUACCCGUCAUAAUUUGUCUCGGGAUAUCCCUGAACACUAUCGUGUGCAUCGUUCUUCUCAGAACUAAACUGCGAAAGAAGUUCUACACACAUGUAUUUGCCGCCACAACCAUAAGUGAUAAUGGCUUCUUGGUAACGGUUCUGUUGAUCUGGAUGAAGGAUCAGGCAGUGGAUAUUUACAAGGCCCCUGGAAUGUGUCAAAUGAUAAUUUUUAUGAGUCAUUUCUUUCCGUUUCUGUCUUUCUGGCAUAGCGUAUCAGCAAGUAUCAUUCUAUUGAUACGCCCACGAUCCUCGUGUUUAACAAAUACGUGUAACGGUCCAGGGAAAUCCAGAGCUUUAAUUGUUUCUCUAUCUGUUUUCACAUUGACGAUAUAUAUUUACAAAACAUGGACAAACGGUGUGCUGAUCAUUCAAGGAGCUCGGUUCUGCACUAUCCUACCGGAAACGGAAGAGGCCAUGAAAAUACUGAAUAUUCUUGAUGUGAUAGUCUUACUUGUUUUACCUUUUAUUAUGUUCAUAAUUUUUGACUUACUGAUUAUCAUCAAACAAAUUAUGAAGUUCUAUCUUGCCAACUCCUUUAAUGGAUCCAGUACAUAUCGAGAUUCUUUAAAAGUGGUUUUGGUACACUCCAUUUGUUUUCAUGUAUUUGUAGGUCCAGGGUGUAUCUCAAAACUCAUUUUACUGUUUCGAUAUAUGUCCGGAAAUGAACAUUAUGACUAUGAGGGAAUGAUCCUGGAGAGUAUAUUUCAGUAUGUUUUCUACACUUAUUUUGGUAUAAAACCUCUUUUCCAUAUCAUCGUUUCAAAAUCCCUACGAGUGCAUCUGAAAGAACUCUUAUUGAAAGCGAAACAAACCAUGUCAAUGUCCCGGAUGUUGAUGAAUGCUGGGUCACAUGAUCAGACUUUACUGUAGAUCCUUUCCGUUCCUUUGUGUCAAGUGAAUGUCAUAGUGCCUUUCCAAUGUUAAAUAUUCCCAUUCACAUAAAAGCAGCUGAAUAUUUUACGAAUUCAGUUGAAAUGUUCAAUCCGAGGACAACCUAAAUUUUAGACUUUUUCAUGGGCAGUUUACAAAUGAAAGAAAAAAUUCUAUGGUUAGCAAAGUUAAUGGAUAACUUUCAGAAAUUUUAAAUUACAAGAAUUAUAAUGAAGAACACUGAUCGAAAAUUAUACUUAUAAAUAUUUCGU